AACACCUCCACGUGUUCAGCGGCUCGGGGCGAGCAGCGGCGGCUCGAGCGGAGCGGAGCGCGGCGCAGGCGCGGUCACAGGGACGGAGCGGCGGACACCGUGAGCCUCCCCACCCCGGCGGCGUAACACCCUCCCCCUCCACCGAUCGAGGCUUCAAACUCGCCCCAUCCCUCCCGCAGGGGGUUUAAAGUAACACUAGCAGUAGGUUUCCCUCACCCCACAGAGAGAGCCCUCUCUCUCACUCGUUAGAUUACCUCCGACUGGUGAUUUAAAUUCAGCUGAAUUCCCUGGCAGAGAGUUUAACCGCUCCGUUUCCCCGACAGAGGAUUAACCCCCCCCCCCCAGUUUAAUCCCGUAGAUUUCACAAACUUCACCAGCAGGAGGUCUAAACUAUGUCAAGAGACCCAGCAGAGGGUUUAAAUUCACCCAGCAGGUUUCCCUCACCUAGUAGGAGUGUACCUCCAACAAAAGCUUUAAUCUGCUGAGGUUAAAGGGCAGUAAACCAGAGUUUACCUGCCUCAGUUCCUCCUGCAGAGAGAGAGAAAAUCUCCCGGCAGGGUGUUAACUGUCCCGGUUUAAACUUUGCCCUUGUUGGCAAUUAUGUCUUCCAAAAAGGGAUUUAAUUUCACCCAGUAGGGUUUAAUUCUUCUUUCGGUAGAUUACUUCCCUUGACCGGAGUGGUGGUGGGGGGGUUUAGCCUCCCCAACUGCCCCAGCAGAUAUAUCAGCUCAAGGUUUUAUUUAACUCUCCCAUCAUUACAGUUGUCCAAGCUCUUUCAACUGGGGUUUGCUCCUUCACACCCCACCCACCCAGGGCACCUGGCACCAGGUAGUCCUCCAGCAGAGCUUUCACCCAGAAGAGGCGCUAUUACCCUUAAGGCCCUCCCCACAGACCCCUUGUCCCGCAGCUGGUAGGCCAGCCUUGCAAUGGACGACGUCCUGGUCUCAUUUGCGACAGUGGCUGGCACAGUGGUGGUGUGUCAGGCUCUGCGACGCAUGGCCAGGGCGAUGCUGCAGCCCCGGCGCUCACCGCGCCAGCUGAGGCGGAGCGGGCAGGGACAAGCCCCAUCCUUGGAGCUGGCCGCCGAGCUCAUCUCCACCCUGCAGCUGUGCCUCUGCACCCAUGAGCUGUGUCUGCUGGGACUCUCAGGGGCGCUGCCCGGCUCAGUCCCAGCACUGGUGAUCGUCUACCUCAUCACCCUGGUCCACAUCUCCACCUUCGGCAAUGCCACCUGCAACCCAGUGAGUUCCCUGGAGCAGUACCUCUGCGGCCAUUGCGGCAGUCUGCUGACCCUUUCUAAGGUGCUGGUUCAGCUGACGGCUGCCUCGGUUGCUCGCAGCCUCUCCCAGUUGAUCUGGGCCCUCCACAUGUCUGACCUGCACAAGCAUCACUCCCAACGCCAAUGCAAGUGUACCUCAGCACUGAACACCAGCACAUUAAACAGUGGGAUGUUCGUGGAGUUUGCCUGUGCUUUCAUCGUGAGAGCUGUCCUCUUCCGGCUACGGCACCACAGCGCUAGAUCCAAGAUGUACCAGAUUGCUGGAGUAGUAACUUUCCUGGUGUUUGCAGCUGGAAACCUGACUGGAGCUAUGUUUAACCCAGCGUUAGCCUAUUCAGUCUUGUUCAACUGUGAGGGAAAUACCUUUCUUGAAUACGCCUUUGUUUACUGGCUUGGACCCCUAAUGGGUGCCCUGACAGCUGUGCUGCUCUUUGACAAGAAAAUGGCAUACUGCCGUAGCAAAGCUACGCGAACACAGCAGCAUGCAGAGAAACAAGACUGAAAGGGGAUGAGUGAAGAUGAAUGUUUUCAGGAGAGUCUCUGAAGGAGGAGGAAGCUGCUAGUGUUAAGAAGAUCAAUCGUCUUCCAUUUCAACUGGCAGUUUGAUAAAUGAAGGACAGCAAGCAGCAAUCAACUAGGAUUUGUAUCUCAAUUUUUAGGGACUCUUCUAAAACUGAAAAAAAUUUUAAACAAGAAGAUUUUCCUGUGGACCUGUGGAAAGAAUGCUUGAACUACAUCUAUAGAUACAAGCCUUUUCACCACUGAAGAAAAUAUCUUAAUAAUAACAUUGUUAAACAAGUUAGUUUUAUUCUAGGAUUGAGCACAUUACCAUCCAGGUCAGCAGAAUUUCAUAUAAAUAUCACUGAAUUUUAUUAAGUUUUAUUAAUAAAAUGUUUGGUAUUUAGUUUCAGCCAUUGUUUUUAAACAUUGUAAGUGUGGUAAGGUAAGGAGUGCUUGUGCAGUGAGGAGUUACUACAUGGGUUAGUGUCAAAACUACCUGUGCAACGUGGUCAGCAUGCCCAGCAUGAACACUCCACUUCCUUCCAAAGGGAUCAACAGGAACAAAUAGUUGGGAGGGAAAAUUGCAAUGCUGGAUUGCCCUGGUCUUGUUCUAGUUUAAAUGAGCACAAUCUGUUGUAGAACGAUCACUCUCUGGAACUGUAGAGCAGCAUCGACCCAGUGGGAUUUAAGUCAGUCCACUCACUAUGUCAUGUCCACUCUGGACAGUGUCCAAACUGUAUUAACUCAAGGAAUUUUGCAAAUCAAUUCUCUGUUGCAGAAGUUGUGAUGUGUAGGGUAAUCAUCCUGGUAGGUGUUACCUGUUGAUGCCUGGAUAGUGAGUUAAUUAGAGAGUUCUAAAAAUCUUUUAUGACUGUCGUUUAUGACUACAUUAAAGAUUCUAUUGAAACCUGUUUAAUAUAAUCAAUA